AUGGGUCUUUCUCGUUUGAAUCAUAUUAUAGCUGUUAUUGUUCUGAUAUUUGCUGCUAUCUAUGGAUGGAAAUAUUUAUUUGAAAGUCGACGUCCACCAUGUUAUACAAUUGAUGUCAAAUAUUUUGGUUUAAACAUUCCAACAUCAACUGAUACGGAGGAUCUUUCAAUAAAAUCAUUUACAGUUCCAUUCGAUCGAUCACAAAUUGAUGAUAUGAUUAAUCGUGCAAGUAAAACACGUUUUUAUGAACCGCAAAUAUUGAUUGAUAAUAAAUAUGUUAAUAAAUCAACAUAUGGUUUUAAUCGUAAAACAGUUGAAAGUAUUCGAGAUUAUUUAAUUAAUACAUAUGAUUGGAAAAAAACAGUACAAGAAUUAAAUACAUUUGAUCAUUAUAAAACAAAUAUUGCUGUAAGAUAUUUUAUUGUUUUUGUUUUUCUUCUGAAUUAA